UUUUCGACUUCUUUGACAAAAGAGUUGUGUUUUGCAAUUUAUUGAAACUAUACUUUUUACAUUUUUACCAAUAUGUUUUGACUAUUAACACUUCAAGUGACUAUGCCAUGUUAAAAUUUUUGACCAGCCGUGAGUCUGGCUCUUCAGACCCCUCACUUCUGCGAAGAGCAGAGGUGACUCGACGUAUUUAUAGUCUUGAAUUGAGUAAACACCGAGACAUUGAAAAAAGCAACGCUCUAGGAGUUGUUAAUGCAUUGGAUAUCGAUUCUAUUGAGAAUAGAUAUUUAUUAUCUGGAGGAGGAAAUGGUGGAAUAGCUAUUCACGAUCUUGAAGAUUUACCAGGUGAAGAUAAACUAAGAUAUCGACAGAUCUGUCAUAUUCCUAACUCCAGUAUCAAUGCCCAUAAAAGAAGUGUUGAAACUGUUCAAUGGUAUCCUUUAGACACUGGAUUAUUUACGACCAGUGGCACUGAUAAAGAACUUAAAGUAUGGGAUACAAAUAAACUACUGCCUGCCGAUUCAUAUUCAUUUGAGGGCAUCAUAUACAGUCAUCAUAUGUCCCCAGUUUCAACUAAGCACAGUUUAAUAGCAGUGGGAUGUGAGAAGUCAACCAUCAAAUUAAUAGAUCUCAGAGCAGGAUCAUAUAGUCAGAUGUUAAAAGGUCAUAAAUCAGCUGUUCUGUGUGUGAAAUGGUCAACUAGAGAUGAAUUUAUCUUAGCAUCAGGCAGUUCUGAUAAUGGUGUGUUAUUAUGGGAUAUAAGAAAAGCUAAAGGAAGUAUCAUGUCAUUAGAUCAACAUAAUGGAGAAGCUGCUUCUGCUCACAAUAAAGUUAAAACAGCUCACAAUGGACGUGUGAAUGGAUUAUGUUUCACUGAUGAUGGUUUACAUUUAGUAACGUUCGGCACAGAUAAUAGACUCAGACUGUGGAAUACUAAUACGGGUAAAAACUCUCUAGUGAAUUAUGGCAGUAUAUCAAAUGAUGGACGUAAAUCCCUUGGAAUCUCAGUGACAACUGGUAACUGUCCAGAUGUAAUUAUGGUACCGGACGAUAGUAACUUAAUGCUAUUUAACCUACAUGAAGGCACAAGAAUCAAAAUAUUACGAGGGCAUUAUAAUCAAGUGAAUUGUUGUGUAUAUCAUUGUGAUAAACAAGAGUUAUAUAGCGGUGGUAAUGAUAGAAAUAUUCUAGUGUGGCUACCCAGUACUGACGAUGUCUAUGAAAAUUGUAUAAAAAUUAACAGUAAAGAGAAAAGUAAUUUUACAUCAAGAAUAGCUGCUACAACCGACACUUGGAGUGAUGAGGAUGACUAA